AUGAAUGAGUCUCUUUCUCAUAGUAGCGCUCCCAUCAUUUUAGAUGCAUGCAAAAAACUAAAGCAAUUAUUACAUUCAAGUUUCGGACCCAUGUCCUUUCAUAAAUUAAUUGUAAAGUAUCAUCAACAUGUAAAUCCAGAAAUGAUAUAUACCAACGAUGGAGCCACAAUUGUACGAUCACUUCCGAUUGUAAAUCCCAUUGGAAAAAUUUUGUGUGAUUUAUCUAAAACUCAAGAGGAACUAGCAGGAGAUGGAACAACAGGAGUAAUUUUAUUAUGUUGUGAGCUUGUUUUGAGGAGCAUUGAAGAUUUACAUUUAAAACAGUUGUUGCCAUUGGAGGUUAUUUGCAAUUAUUUAUUCAUUUUAAAGAAUGUAUGGAUGAAUUCAUUUGAACGGAUGAGGUCAUUGGAAAGCGAAAAGAUUUCACGAUUAAUAUUUUCUGACAGGGAUUCUAUCUUUCGCAUGACACAAAAUGCACUACAAUCAAAAGACAUCAGAUAUAUGGCUAACCAUUUUUCCAACAUCCUAGUUGAUUGUUUUGCUCAAAAAAUACCAAAGCAAAGGAAAUUUCAUUGUAUAGCAGGAGGACAAUUGAAUGACAGCUUUGGUUUUCGAGGUCUAUUUUGCAAUGUCACACACUCGUCGUUUUCAUCAAGAUUUUAUCAUUCUCAAAAUCUUCAAGCAAGGUUUAAAAAGUGUAACAAAAUUUUAUUGCUUGGUCGAAAAAAUCAGAACGUUAACAACUUUGAAAGAUCGCUGUGGAAAUCUAUUUUUCAAACAGCAUCAACAUAUGACGGUGGCAUUAUCAUAUUUAUGGAAGGAGCAUUUCCAAAUUUCCACAUUUCAUACCACAAGGACUCUGCUGUGUUUAUAUUUGAUAACAUGACCCCCAAAAUUUUACAUCAAAUGAGCGUAUGCUUUGAUUUUCCAAUUCUGAAAAUGGGUUCUGUUUCUCAAAUUAGCAUUGAUGAUUUAUUUUCCAUUCCAGCGAAAACCAGAAGUGAGGAUUGUCCCACUAUUCAAUGCAUCGCAGGAAACAUGUUCGUUCGUAUUUCAAACACAUGCCAAGAUUUAUAUCAUUUUGUUUUGAGAGGCCCAUCAGACACCAUUGUUCAAGAAACCAAACGAUCACUCAAAGAUGCCUAUGAAAUUAUUAAGAAUCAUUUUGCGCUUGAAAAAUGCAAUGAUAUUCAAUCUCAGCAUUAUUUAUGUGGUGGUGGAUGUCAUAUUGAAUUUCAAUUAUGGGCAGAUAUAAUACGAGAGAAUUCGCAAACUCUUGUGCCUGCAAAUGUUUCAGAGGUGUUUGGAGAGUGUAUUCUGAGCCUUCCUCGUAUGAUACUUCAAUCGACAUCCUUAUCCACUCGAGAAAAUGAAAUACUAAGACUUAAAAGAGAAUAUUUGAAACAUGAUCAUCAGAAUACAGAUCAUAAGGAAGGAGCCUCUUGUUUUUACGGUAUUGAUUUACUGACCUCCAAUUGUAAUAGCGCCUGCUUUCACUCUAGCCAAAGUCUUAUUGUUGAGAACGUGCUUGAACGUUUCCUUCUUGAGGACUCGCGUGUCAAACAACAUCUCGUGGAAUUGGCAUGCGAAACAGCAAUCACCCUUCUAAGAAUCAGCUCUGUUGAAGUUUGA